CAUUUAUUCAAUGAAUCCAAAAUGUUGUUUUUUCCUUAUAAUAGUAACUGGAGGGUGUAGACACAAAACAAUACAGAAUUGUGUCAAAAAUAAUUUAACAUCCUGCAUUAAGCUUGCUUUAAUUUCUCUUAUAAAUACCCUUCCACCCCGAGAGCUAGAUUUGCCACCCCAACCAUUAGAUUUCACACCCCCAAUUUUCGGAUUUUCAAGUUCCGAAUUAUUUCGGAAUCUUAGAUUCCGAAAUUAAUUCGUGAUUUUUAGUUCAAAAUACAUCUAACACCACACUUUUGAGUAAAAAACCACACUUUUGAGUAAAAAACUGCUUCGGAAACCUUAUUUCCGAAAUAUUUCGGAAACUGAGUUUCCGUAAGUGGGGUGACAUUUCUAAUGAUUGGGUGCCAAAUCUAAUGAUCUUCCACCCCUCUCAUCCAUUCACCAAACUCACAUGGUUCACUUUCUUUCUCUCUACCCCAACAACAACGACACCUUCUUACCCCUCCAAUUUCAGUAUUAAUUGAAAGCAACCAUGAGAACCCUCCCCACCACUACCACAACUUCACUAGCACCCACAGCCACCGCAUCAUUGAUGCGCUCGUCGUGGCACUCUCCGAUACCGUACCUCUUCGGCGGGCUUGCUGCUAUGUUAGGUCUCAUAGUUUUUGCUCUGUUGAUCUUGGCUUGCUCUUUUUGGAAACUCUCUGGUCAUUUACGGAGCGAAGAAAAUGAAAACAGGGACAUGGAAAACGGUGAGAAAGAGUGUGAUUCUGCAACUGAAAACAAGGUCUACGAGGAGAAGAUUCUGGUAAUCAUGGCCGGAGAUCAAAACCCAACAUUCUUGGCCACCCCUGUUUUCCCCAAGUUGUUAUCUCUCUCUGAUGGGGUGAAGACCCAGCUUGAGGAAAACACCGAAAAUCACGAAGCUUCUGAGAAAUCGCAGAAAGAAAUGGAAAACCAUCUUCAACCUGCAACACAACAACCACAAGAACAAGAAACCCAACAACAAAGCUAGCUAGCUAGUUGAUAUAUUUAUCAAUUGGCUUGCAAAUUUAACAUAGGCUAGAUUUGAGGAACAGAGUGUCUUUUGCUCUGUUUCUCACUGAUUAUUCCCUCUUGUUCUUUUUGCUUUGCUUUUUUGUCUUGGUUUUUGAGCUUGUUGGAUGGUUUGUCUUCCACUUUGAAUCGGGAAGUGUAAAUGGAAGCUGAGAUGAAUUGGAAUUGAGGGAAUUUUGAUU